ACUGAAAACUGAAGUCACUCAAGGUUGCUGAAACGAAAUAGCGGUUGAUUCCAUUCUAAGCUGACUCGUGUCAGUUUUGACUUCUGACUCAGCUUACAAGGUUCCUUUCAGCUACACAUAAAAUUACCAGACUCUAGACGUUCAAAUACUUUUGAACUAUGAGUGCACAACUAUUAGAAACUUCUUCAAAAUCACGAAAACCUAGAAAUUCUGCUUUUUUUCAACAAAAACUCCCGGCAUGGCAACCAAUGUUUACUGCUAAAAAAUCUGGAAUAGCUUUCACAGUUUUUGGAAUUGUGCUGAUACCUAUUGGUAUUAUAUUACUAACAGCAUCAAAUAAUGUUGUAGAAUAUCUUGUGGACUAUACAGAUUGUACUCAGAAUGGUACUGAAGAGUUAUGCUCUCAAGUAAUAGCCUUGGGGAAACCGUGUGUUUGUGUUAAACAUAUUUCUGUUGAAUCAUCUAUUCCUGGACCUGUUUAUUUAUAUUAUGGUUUAAACAACUUUUAUCAAAAUCAUCGGCGAUAUGCACGAUCUAAAAAUGAUGAACAGUUGCUUGGUAUUUAUCAAGACCCAAGUUCAUUAUCUUCGUGUAACCCAUAUGUAUCAAUUGAGGGUAAACCAAUACUUCCAUGUGGUGCAAUCGCAAACAGUAUAUUUAAUGACACAUUUAUUCUGACAUAUAUACGGAAUGAUAAUACCAAAGUUACUGUCACAACCACAUCAAACGGUAUAGCAUGGCCUUCCGAUGUUAAUCGCAAAUUUGGGACCUUGAAUGCAAACGCUCUCAAUAAUACAGUCAAGCCACCUAAUUGGCCUCAACCAAUUCAAGCGAGAUCUUCAAGUCCAUUUAAGACUGAUGAAGCUCUAUUAGUAUGGAUGAGAAUAGCUGCCUUGCCAAACUUUCGUAAAUUAAGCGCUUUUGUAGUUCAUAAAGAUGAUUUCUCAAAUGGUCUACCCUCAGGAACGUAUGAAAUUGUUAUUAACUACUUUUAUCCAGUUACUUCAUUUGGUGGUAGAAAAACAUUUAUAUUAGCCAAUGCUAGUUGGUUAGGUGGAAAAAAUCCAACACUUGGAAUUAUUUGUUUAAUUACUGGUUCUAUACAUAUAUGCCUUGGUAUAGCAUUCCUUAUUGUGCAUUUUGUAUAUGGUAAACGUCCAAUAUUUCCUUCAUCCGUUUGUUUAAUUCGAUGUGCAAAUUAAAAAAGCUCGUCAAAGUCCACCAGUCUUUUCAUGAUCUCAUUUAUCCAUAUGACAUUAUAUAACAAUACAUUCUAUAGAAGAGAGAAAAAAAUCAAAAAAAAAAAGAGAACUUUAUUGAUUUGGAGUGAAAAAUAUAUAUAUAUAUCGAGUAUGUGUUUUAAAUGCAGUUCAGUUGUUUCUAUGCACAUUUACAUAUACAUUACAAUAUACAUACAUACAUAUAUAUAUAUAUAUAAGUUCUGACUAUAAACGAAGCGGAGAAAUUACACUAAUCCAACAACAACAACAAAAAAGAAAACAAUUUCUACACAAUUCAUUGAUAAAGACAAAAGAUUAGAAAAAAGAGAAAACCCACAUACACAUUGGGAAAUAAUAAAGAUUUGUGAUUGAUUAAUUAUUUCUAUGAAUUUGAUUGAUUUACACUUGAUGAAGAAAGAAUUUCGAGCGACGAAACACUGAUAAAUAAUAUUAUGUAUAUAUAUAUAUUGGUACUAAUAAUAUCACUGAUAAUUAUCAAUAUUAAUAAUAAUAAUGUUAUACACACAAUAAUAAUAACAACAACAACAAAAGAGAGAAGAAUGAAUCAACAGUUCAAAAGAUUGUAAAUAGCUGCAUUUAUGUAAUAACUGAAGGAAAAUUGAGAAGGGAGGAGGAGAGGAGGGGAGGGGAAAAAUAAAAGGAAAGAAAAGAAAACAAGAGAAUUACACAAUGAAAUAGCAAACAAAUGCAAACAAAGAAACAAACAAAUGUGAAAGCACCUAUUCUUCCCCCCUCGCUCUCUCUCUCUCCUUUUUUUAUACAAUACACAAGUCAAUUGUACAAUUACUCAUGUUGUUCAAGAAGUAGAGAUAUGUGAUAAAUCACAACAACAGUAACAAUAACAAGAAAUUGUUUCAUUUAAAAAUCUUUAUCUUCUAAAAAACUAUAAUGAAACAUAAAUUCUUCUUUUUUACGUUGUCUCAUUGUUCUAUAAUCAUAAUAAAUAUAUGAACCAGAUUCAUAUUCAUCAGUAAUUUGUUUAGGUUCUUCAUGUCGUUGAAACCACAUCAUAAAUUUUGUAUGAAAUCUCCAUGACAUACGUUUUAAUGCUUUAGCAGCAAAAUA